UUGGAGACGACGACGUUUAGUGGCGGCGGCUUCAGCAACGAUGGACGGGGGCACGGAGAUGGAGGAAGUGUCUGCGUGGUCCACUGCGAUUAGGUACAAACUACAGUUGGAGGAGAUGCAUGCGACGCUGUGCCAGGUGAACAUGGAUCUGCCAUACGAGGUGCUGCUGGAGGGAGAAGAGACCUAUGAUGGGCUGGAUGAUGAGCUCUACGAACUGAUUCUCUUUCGACAGCGGGGCGCGAGUGAUAGAGCGAGGGCGAUCGCCGUUUUCUAUGACUGCGUUGACAUGGUGCAGCAAAUAAAGGACAAGUUCUCUGAUCUCUUGGCGACGAGAUAUGCGUGUGGCUUGCCAGGCACUGAGAUACAGAUAGCAUCUACACCUCCAACAUGUUCUGCAAAAUCACCAACAACAUUAACGUCACCAACUUCGACAACAUUGGAUUCGACAUCGAUUACAGUUACAUCAUCGCUGAUUGUAUUGCUAAAAACGACAUCCAUGAUGGCGAUAUCGCCAUCUGCAGCGGCGAGGCCAGUGAUUACUGCGAGCUCUGCUCAGCGAGGGGGGCUGCUUGAGCAGGCUGACAUGGCAAGGGGGCAGGAAGAGGGGCUGCCCUCUGGGGUGGAUUGUGCGAAUCACCUAUGCUUGGGUGCGCUCACAAGUCGCGGAGCCAGGGGCCUUGAGGAGGGGCGGGGCCUGUGCGCCGAGUUCGUUGAGCGGUUUCACAAGGAUGGCGAUGAAGUCACUGUCGUUGGUCUUACUGAUGGUGAUCUCGCUGCUGAUGAUGUGACUACGAAUGCCAAACGGCAGCUGCGAUGGAAACAACAAUAACAACAAUGAUAAUUACACAACAUGCAAACAUGAAAGCUGGAGGAUA